AUGGACGCACCGGGCCUUGUGUACUUCUCCGCUGUUGCAGUGGAACCCUGGAGUCUCACGCAUCAUGUUGCUAAAGGAAGUGACCGGUUCGGCAACCGCUUGGCGCUGCAAGACCGACUUGUAGCGCAGAAGAGCCUGGAAGUCGAUGGAGCGAGUAUGGAGCUCGAAAGCGACAGCGGGUGGCGAGAAAUGAUCCUGCAAGUGCCUCAGACUGGAGUUAACUAUACGGUUCAUCUCGUUACGGAGACGAAGGACAGUGGAGGCAUUUACGGUACUGUGGCCACUCACGCUGGCGUUCGAGCUCAUUCAGAGGCCCCAGAGCUGGUUAAUGUGACGGUUAACCCGACCGACGCUCGUGUGGAUGCGCUUACAGUGAAUGUUACGCUAAGUGAGCAUGGCCACGUGCACUACGUCGCUGUACCUACUGGACGUGGCUCGGAGCCUCCGUCGAACGAUCAAUCAACCGAGCUGAGUGUACGUGCAAGUGGCAGCAUCGACGUUAAUGAGACCGCAGGGAGACAGGAGACAAGCUUUGUGAUCGAUGGACUCACGGAAGGCACUUCGUAUGAUCUUUACUUCCGUUCGGAGACAUUUGAGAGCUUUGGAGUCUUUGGAUCAUGGACGAAACAGGCUGUGACAGCUCGAACGCACGGUCUGCCGGCUGAUGUUCUACCGGAAGCAGUGGAGUGCAAGGUGACGCCAUCGUGUGAGCAACGCGGACGUGAAGCUUGCUCGCGUAAGGCCAAUAUUUGUGGGAAGUGUCUUGAAGGGUAUGGAGCGGUGGGUGAUGAAGAGAUACCGGAAGCCGAUGAGCCGUGCGUGAAGCUGACACCCACGAAAGCCAAACGAGGCCCGAAGAUCAAAAUUAACAGUGUGACGCGUAACCCAAACUUGCCAGCAGAGAGUGAGAAUGACGAGGACCAUGAACUUGUGCGUCCUGCGCCUACGGAACACGCUGCGCUUGAACAACCAGUUGAUCUCGAUGCGGUAGAGCGUGACUCGAUGCAAGCGAAGAUAAUGUGA